GGUGUCGUUGCAAAGUUUUAACCAAAAGUUUGUGAAAAAACCGGUGAAAUCUAGCGGAAUUUACAGCUCCGAAAACUAACCGAAGAGCGUCUUCUAAAUAUGAUACCAUAUGAAGUGAUAAAAGGGGUAAAAUCAGACACAAUAAAGAUCAAAUGUGGUUACUGCAGUAAAAUGUUUGAUACUGUUCAGCAACAUGAGCAACAUCGCUGUCGAAAAGAAAACAUCUUCACUGUGAAAUGUUUGUCUUGUACGAAACCGUACAAUGAUCACGUAUUGCCACAAAAAGAUGAAAAAAAUGUCAAAGCAUGUCCGAAGGAAACAAAGGAGAUAGCUGGAGCUACCAGUGACGAUACGAUAAGGCCAACACCUGAAGAAACGAAGACCAAUUUGCAGCUCUUCCGUUGUUGUAUUUGUGAUAAAAUGUAUCCAAAUAUUGGAAACAUGGUCCGGCACAUCAAGUAUCAUUUGAACAGAAAAACAGAUGUACAACCAGAACAGUGUAGUCGUUGUGGUAAAUUAUUCCAGUCCAAACAGCAGCUGACAAGACACGAAGCUACACACGAAGAUACCAGAGCUUUUAAAUGUGAAGAAUGCUUGAAAUUGUUCAAAACUGCCGAUGGCGUGAAACGUCACAUGUAUGUUCACAGUGAUGAAAAACCUUUCUCGUGUCACUUAUGCGGCAAGGAGUUCAAGGCAAAACAUCUUAUGAGAAAACACGAGGAAACGCAUUCUGACGAGAAAAACUACGAAUGUCCACAGUGUGGCAAGAGAUUUAAGGCGAGGAAUAGCCUACGCGAUCAUCUAUUGGUCCACAAUGGCAUUCGACCGUAUAAAUGCGAUGAGUGUGAUCAAGCAUUCUAUCGACGCAGUCAUCUUGCAACGCAUAAAAUUGUUCACAGUGAAGUGAAGCCAUUUUCUUGCAAGGUCUGCGAGAAAUGUUUUGGUCGACGUGAACAUUUAAGGGUUCACGAGCGAAUUCACAGUGGAGAGAAACCUUUCAAAUGUACCCGAUGUGAGCGAUCGUUCAACCAGCAAGCUGGACUUCAAGCUCAUCUUGUUAGUCACUCCAAUGAUCGACCAUACGCGUGUUCGAUGUGUAAGAAAACAUUUAAAUAUCAAUCUCAGAUCAAGCAUCAUGCAUGUAAACCUGAGGAAAUUGUGCCGUGUAGCAUGGUUGAUCUUCGUCUUACUACCGACACGAUGGAGGAAGACUCUGAGCCAACGACUGUUGUAGACGACACGCGAGCAGAAAACAAUCAGGAAGAACUGAAAAAUGAGGGAAAUUCUUCAACUACCGAAAUUUCUAAUUUAAGAACAACCUCGGAAGAUACAAUCAUACUUAUUCAAAUUGAGAAUACUUGCCAUACCGAUGAUGCAGCCAUGUCAGUCGAUGUUGUCGCCACGCGUAAAAAAGAUUGUGAGCUAGGAUCAAGUCAUUCAGUGGCGGAAAGAGACGCUGUAGAAGACGUUCGUUCGUCCAACUCCGGCGCAAAGAUAAAUGACGAGAGAGAUUCAAACGCUUCGACUAUUUGUAGUACAGUUGAAGGAAGACAAGAUGACUGUGCGAUGGGCUGUUCAUCUGUUGGCAUCACAAAUCAUGCGUUAGCGUCACAAAACGUCGAAAAUGUUGAUUUUUCUGUAUCUAAUGCGGGAGUAUCGCAAACACAUACUCAAGAAGCUACGAACAUGCUUUCUGAAUCUGCCUCAACGCAUGGUGAGUUUUUAAGGACCCAGCUUUGCAACACAACAGAAGAAAUGAAUGCGGUAACGCAAGUUAGUCAAGGGUAUAAUACUACAAGUGCACCACACGGAUAUGCCAUGGGUGAGGUACUGCAUUUGUUGGGAGUGCCAGAAGAGCCGAACAAAAAAACUAUGCAAGUGUUAUCAGGACAGUUACACCAACCAUCGACAGCUGGAACUGUCGGAAUGAAUCCAGGUACGAUAUCAGGUUUACCAGCACAUCUUUGGAACCAUAGUUAUGUUUUAAAUAGGAGAAUUCGAACUCGUAAUAAAAUGGCCGAUUUGAAAAGGAUAAAAGAGCAAACGGUUUGUAGCUUUUGCGAGAAGCUGCUUACGAAUCCACGCCUAUUGCCUUGUCUGCAUUCCUAUUGUACGGCUUGCCUCUUGAAGUUUGUCAAAGAAGAUGAAGAUCUCAUUUGUCCGACAUGCUCCGAAAACCACGGCAGGAAAGAAGUUCCAAAUCUGCCUAAAGACGUGCUCGGAGAAUCCUUGAUAUCUCAAGGAAGAACUGGCGACGAGGAGAAGACAUUAUGUUCCAGCUGUAGCACGGAUACAGAGGAAGCUGUCGAUCGAUGUCUCAACUGUUGCGAGUUCCUGUGCAGUGAAUGUUCGAGCAUACAUCGUCGCAUGAGGCAGACACGAGAUCAUGAAAUUAUAACACUAAAUGAUUAUGAAAAAGAGGAUGAGCAAAUUUCACACCGUACUCUAUACUGUGACGAACAUCCAAAUGAAGAACUAAGGUAUUUUUGCGACAAAUGCAAGCAAUUCAUCUGUCGUGAGUGUACGGUGAUCGUCCACAAGAGUCACAAGUACAAAUACAUGGAACAAUCAAAAAGUGUCAAGGAAAUUGUCGACUCGUUUAAAAGCCUAACAAUAAAAGUCAAAUCUAAAAUUGAAAAAGCCGAGAAAGCUCUCGAAGAAGUGAACACAACAAAUGAUAUGAUCACCGCAAGCAUAGUGGGUCUGAAGAACAGCAUUCAUAACACUGCUACAGAAAUGGUGAGACAAAUACGUCUGGCUGAGGAAGACAUGAUUAUUGAAAUAGAUCGAAUUCAAAGUAAAAAGUUUCAUAGUCUCAAGGAUCAGACCAGACUGCUACAAAAUAGACUGGAGACAUUUGAAUAUGGAAGGAGUUAUGCCGAACAUUCUUUGAAGUAUUUAAGUGAGGUUGAACUUUACCUCACCAGAGAGCCAAUUGGAAAUCGGCUGAAAGUCUUAAGCAAGAAGAAAAUUUCUGCUGAUCCAGUUGAAGAAAACAACCUGAAACACGUAAAGGAGACCAGCAGAGGUCAACGGAUGGCACGGACAUCUCUUGGGUAUCUUGAGGUGAAUGGUAAUGUUGUUAUUAACGGUUGCGUUCGCGAUCUGAGUGAUUUUGAAAAUUUGAAUGUGGCGAUUUCGGAAUCUUCUCCUGAGUUGACCGGGAUUUGUGUUGAUAUCAGAGGUCCAGGCGGUGAACUGAUCAGUCCAGUGAAGAGGGAAAGAGACAAUCCUGGGAGUUGUGGCGCGGACUUUCAAACAGAGAGGCCUGGUACCCAUAGCGUAAUGGUCACCCUUGACGGAGUUCCCAUCUCAGGAGCCCCACUUGAAGUUGUCGUUGGUAAGCCCUCGAUAUCGCCAGUUGGUUCUACUCCACCAGGAACGUCUGCACGCUGUGUUAAAAGAAAUCCGAAGAAGCCAGGGGAACUCUGGGAUGUUCAUGGGAUUGCAAUAUGCAAGAAAGGACAGAUAGUUGCCACAGAUACAAACUGUCAUCGAGUCCAGAUAUUUACCAAGACAGGAAGAUUUCUCCGAAUGUUUGGCUCUUUGGGAAGUGAAGACGGUCAAUUUCAUUUUCCACGCGGUGUGGCGGUUACCAACAAGGAUAAUAUCGUUAUUGCAGACACAGGCAAUGGCAGGAUACAGAUAUUCGACAGUGAAUAUAACUAUCUGCGCAGUAUCAGAUGUUAUGGUGACGACGAAGACACAUUUCAGCCCUGUGACGUCAUAGUUGACAAGGACGAUAACAUCAUCACGUUAGAACGCGAGAAGAGUAGAGUGAGAAUUUACAACAGAGGCGGUGACGUCAUUGCAGAAUUUGGCAGCGUGGGGUCUGGUGAUGGGCAAUUUAUCAAUCCAUCUUAUGUGACAGUGAACGGAAGCGGUCAUAUUGUGGUCAGCGAUUUAGGAAAUGAUCGAAUUCAAGUAUUUACAAACACAGGCCAAUUUCUUUUCAAGUUUGGAAGAGCUGGUAAGGGAAAUGGUGCAUUUGGCUGGCCAACAGGUGUCGCAGUAAAAGGUAACGGGGAUAUCAUCGUAGCAGACUCGUGUAACAAUCGGAUUCAGAUAUUUCGGGCUGAUGGAUGUUUUGUAGGUUGCCUUGGAGCGCUAGAAUGUAGCACAGAUGAUCGAGUAAAGUCGCCUCAAGGUCUCACAGUCGAUGAGAACGAUGACAUAUACGUUGCUGACUGGGGAAAUAACCGAAUUCAGAUAUACUGAGAUUAUACUGUAAUAAAAAAUAACUUUCAAACUUGUGUAGUUCAUAAGCACCAGAAUCUAGCGGUGGUUAAAAUAAUUAUUAGUAGAAAGUUGUAGGACAUCUUUUGGAAUUUUGCAUCAAGCUGUAUUAUGUGCAAGUGUUUGUAAAAACCGUUGUGAACGUUAUUUGCAUCUCACGCAAGAUUGAUCGAAUUAUUAAUAGAUUUAAUGAAUCAUUGACAAAAUCUUAGAAUGGCGUUUAACGCUUCCAAGGAAAUUUUCGAAGAUAACGAUGUAUAGUAUUUGUAAUUUGUAUAUGUGAUGUAUAGUAAUUUGGCUGUAAUACAGCCAAUUAUUGGAAAUAUUCAAAUAUA